UUUAUGUUCCGGGUUACACCGGCUUGGCAGAAAGCAGGCAUGUUUUUUGGAACUGCGACCAUCUCUAAAUGAAAAUGCUCCUGCGAGUGAAGAAAACGUCUAAGAAUUUUUGGAGGGUUUUCAUAUUUGUUUUAGUUUCUGUGGAGAAAGUUCACGGUGGUUAUAAAGUAAUUGGUGUGUCUCAGCCAAUCAAAGCUGCUCCUGGUGAUGAUGUCGUCUUGCCAUGUUGGGUCAGUCCAAUUUGGGAUGCGACAAAAAAGACAGUGGAGUGGUCCAGACUGGACCAACGGCAGGACUCAACCAAAAAGUACGUGUUGGUGUACAGGGCCUUGAAGCUGGACAGGAGCCUGAUGAUGGAGUCGUACAUCGGGAAGGCGUCUCUGAUCCCCGAGGCCCUGAGAUCUGGAAACGUAACCCUGAAACUCACCAAUGUGACCGUUGACGACAGCGGGCGGUAUAAAUGUUUUCUCCCAAGUCUGAAGACACAUGCAGUAAUUCAACUCUUGGUCUCAGAUUCACCAAAGACUGGAAACCUGUCAAAGCCAAAGGACAGGAUUAACAUAGAGUCCACAGAUGAACGGGAUUGGUGGAAUGUUCUCUGGGCUCCUCUAAUAUUCAUUAUCAUCGUUUCUUCCCUCUUCAUUAAAAAAAACGUCAGACUUUGUGGAGGUCUUGAAACCUCAGGAUGAGCCUCAUUUACCUCUGGAGAUCCAAAAAAACAAACAAAGAACCGAGCCAACACUGGACUUUCUUCUAUCCCAUCUUGUCCCUCUAUUUGUCAUUUUCACCUGCUGGCGUCAAACAACAUCCAGGUGAUUUUUGACUUUACAGACACCAAAAUCAACCGACUUCUACAGCACAGAGUCCCAACAGUCUCCCUCUAAUGCAUCUGUGAACAAUUUAGUCAAUUUACUGUCAUUUAUUGUGUUUAAUAUUUUUUAAAGUUAAGUGAUUUCUUUCAGAAACUAGUGUUAUUUUAUUAAUCUUAUUAUUUUUUGUAUAUUUCAUAUGGAGAGAAGUUGAUCAGAGAUCAGUUAUUUUUUAAAGCUAUUUUUAUAA